AUGACCCGUAGCCAGUCAGGAGGUUUACUGCCGUUGAAUCCAGAGAUUGACCGCACCUGUCGCCAGCUCAGGAGACAACAGCGAGCUAGACUGGCUACGGAAGAGCGCAUAGACGGCCACCUGAGUAGCGAUUCUGAAGAAGAGUACGGGAUGGACGGAGACUACAAUCAGCACCAGGGGAAUCCGCAGCAGGUUCCCCCGGUGAAUCAGGUCCUGGGGAACAACCCCAUACCCCAGGAUCAUGGAGUUCAUCAUCCACCGCAGCCGGGUCCCACCUUGGAGUACUACUACACUCCACGGAUUGCUGACAUCCGCCCGGUCAUCCUCUACCCGCCUAUCCCAGCAAACAACUUCGAGAUCAAGCCAUGCUUGAUUCAGCUCAUUACAUCUUCCAUCCAGUUCCAUGGCUUGAAGGAUGAGGAGGCCAUGGUACAUCUUUCCCGUUUUCUGCAGCUGACGAACGGGUUCAAGCUGAAUGGUGUCUCGGAUGAUGCAAUCCGCCUUCAUCUCUUCCCCCAUUCUCUGGCGGGGAAUGCUAAGAGGUGGUUGGAGACCCAGCCCCCAUUGUCCAUCACCUCUUGGGACGAUCUGGCUGACAAAUUCGUGCACAGGUACUAUCCGGCAUCGAAGACUACAGAGAUUCAGCGGGAGAUCACUCACUUCCGCCAGGAGCCAGAUGAGUCACUUCGUGAUGCAUGGGAGCGGUACAUCGGAUAUUUCUGGCAGUGUCCCCACCAUGGCUUUAGUGAUGCAUUCACAGUGGGGAAUUUCUACAGUGCUCUCUCUCGAGACAGCCAGAGGGUGAUUGAGUCUCUAUGCCCAGGAGGGGAUGUUCUCACUAAGACUCCACCCGAGCUGAACCAGAUGAUUAAUACAUUGGCUGCCAGAGAUCAUUCCUGGGGGCAGAGCAGCAGAGGCAGACAGUCCAGGGACCGUGGUGUGCACGCCAUGGAGACCAGAUCCGGGCUCGAGCAGCAGGUAGCUGAGCUAGUGCAGACAUUGAAGCAGCCCAACAGUCUUAUUCCGGGCAGAGGUUUGGCUACACCUCCAGUUGCUCAAUGUCAGUGGUGUGAGAGCUCGAAUCACUUAGUGGAAGACUGCCAGGCUAUGAGGGAGUCUACUACUCCCCAAGAGCAGUUGGACUUCAUCCCCAAUGCUCGGCGCCUCGACCCGUACAGCAACACAUAUAAUGAGGGGUGGCGCCAGCAUCCCAACUUCUCUUGGGGCAGCAACACCGCUAAGCCACCUGGUUUCCCAGCACCAGCUGGUGGCUUUCAGCAGAGGCAGCCCUACCAGGCUCGGCAGGGGCCAGUUCCACAGCAGCAGCCCUACCAGCCUCGACAAGGGCCAGUUCCAAAGCAGCAGCCCUACCAGCCUAGGCAAGGGCAACCCUUCCAGCAGCCCCAGCGCCAGUUUGCCGAGCCAGCAGCAGCUCCAGCUCCAGAUACUCAGAUGACGAAGCUGGAAAAUAUUCUGGCUUCAUUCAUGACGAGCACUCAGGCGACUAUCACGAGGUUGGACCAGAGUGUAGCCUCACUGGAGGCAGGUCAGAGGAACCAGGGUGCCAUUUUGCAGGAUCUGCAGAACCAGGUGGGCAUCUUGGCCCGCCAGAACACCACCAGGGCACCGGGGACUUUGCCUGCCACCACUGUCCCGAACCCUCGGGAUCCUCACCAGCUCCAGCAGCUUGAUGCCAUCACUACCAGGAGUGGCAAGACCACAUCAGCUGCUCCUGCCCAGCCUAGUCGAGAUGAUCCACUACCUGCUUCAACACUUCCAGCUGAUACUGCAGACGUGGGGGAAGACACAACAACGCCUGCUCCCAAGCCAUAG